UAAAAGAAAGCACUAGAACCAUUGGAUCAUUUUAGUAGAAGGAGAAAAAGCAUUUGAUGAAGUUCAACAUCCAUUCUUGAUAAAAACCCCUCAACAAAAUAGGGUUAGAGGGAACAUACCUCAACAUAAAACCCAUCUAUGAAAACCUCACAGCUGACUGACAUCAUCCUCAAUGGGGAAAAACUAAGAGCUUUUCCUCUGAGGUCAGGAACAGGACAAGGUUGUUCCCUCUCACCGCUUGGAUUCAACAUAGUGCUGGAAGUCCUAGUCAUAGCAAUCAGACAACAAAAAGAAAAGUUCUAAGAACAAUUGGAAUUGGCUAUGGAUAAUUCAUAUCAUCUCAACCAACGAAACUCAUGUAAUGGACUUCCAUCUGAGAAGAAAAACAACUUCCUUGUGUCUGAAGAUCAUGGACAGAAAAUCUUAAGUGUACUACAGAAUUUUAGAGAACAAAAUGUCUUUUAUGAUUUCAAAAUAAUCAUGAAAGAUGAAACAAUCCCAUGUCAUCGUUGUGUCUUAGCAGCAUGCAGUGACUUUUUCAGGGCCAUGUUUGAAGUGAACAUGAAAGAGCGAGACGGUGGGAGCGUCACCAUCACUAAUCUGUCCUCCAAAGCAGUAAAAGCGUUUCUUGACUAUGCCUACACUGGGAAAACCAAGAUAACGGAUGAUAACGUGGAAAUGUUCUUCCAGUUGUCAUCAUUUCUUCAAGUUUCCUUCCUAGCCAAAGCUUGCAGUGACUUCUUAAUAAAGAGUAUUAACCUUGUCAAUUGUUUACAGUUAUUAUCGUUGUCAGACAGCUACGGCUCUCCCCGCUUGUUUGACCACGCGCUGUACUUUGUACAGCACCACUUUUCCUUACUGUUUAAAUCCAGUGAUUUCCUAGAGAUGAACUUUGGAGUACUGCAGAAAUGUCUGGAAUCCGAUGAACUGAAUGUCCCUGAAGAAGAGACUGUACUGAAAGUGGUCCUUAGCUGGACCAAACACAACUUAGAAUCAAGGCAAAAGCAUCUGCCUUACUUGAUUAAAAAAGUUAGAUUACAUCAGUUAUCCGAGGAGACCCUUCAAAACUGUCUGCUCAACGAAGAGUGUUUACUCAAAAGCACAAACUGCUUUGACAUAAUCAUGGAUGCUGUUAAGUGUGUGCAAGGUUCUGGUGGACUCUUCCCUGACGCUCGACCAUCCACAACUGAAAAAUACAUAUUUGUUCACAAAACUGAGGAAAACGGUGGAGACCAAUAUACCUUUUGCUACAAUAUAAACAGUGACUCAUGGAAAGUGCUGCCACAGUCACACCUGAUUGACUUGCCAGGGUCUAGUCUGUCUAGUUACGGAGAGAAGAUAUUCCUGACGGGCGGGUGCAAAGGGCCGUGCUGUAGAACGGUUCGGCUUCAUAUCGCAGAGUCCUAUCAUGAUGCGACUGACCAAACCUGGUGCUACUGUCCAGUGAAGAACGAUUUCUUCCUGGUAUCAGCUAUGAAGACACCAAGAACCAUGCAUACAUCAGUUCUGGCUCUCAACAGAUUAUUUGUCAUAGGUGGAAAGACGAAAGGGUCUCAGGACAUUAAAAGCCUCUUAGAUGUCGAGUCUUACGACCCUCUUUCUAAAGAAUGGAUGUCUGUCAGCCCGUUACCCAGGGGCAUAUACUACCCUGAAGCGAGCACCUGCCAAAAUGUCAUUUAUGUUCUUGGGUCAGAGGUAGAGAUUACAGAUGCCUUUAACCCGUCACUUGAUUGCUUUUUCAAAUACAACGUGACCACCGAUCAGUGGUCUGAACUCGUAGCAGAGUUUGGGCAGUUUUUUCAUGCGACACUAAUCAAAGCUGUCCCAGUAAACUGCACACUGUACAUAUGUGACCUUUCCACCUAUAAGGUUUAUAGUUUUUGUCCAGAUACUUGUGUCUGGAAGGGUGAAGGCUCUUUUGAAUGUGCAGGCUUUAAUGCAGGCGCAGUUGGAAUUGAAGACAAAAUUUAUAUCUUGGGUGGCGAUUACGCACCAGAUGAGAUCACAGAUGAAGUACAAGUCUACCACAGUGGCAGAUCUGAGUGGGAGGAAGUCUCACCCAUGCCACGAGCCUUAACGGAAUUUUACUGCCAGGAAAUGUUCAUCCUUUCCAGAAAGGAAAAACUAAAGGGAAAUAGAAUCCCUUGCUGAUCUUGUUUUAUUAUUCUCUCAUCCUGAUGUCCACCAGUCUUCUCAUUGGCCAUUGAUGUAUGGUAAAGUUUCUAGAAAUAUCCUUGUUGUCAAGCCUAGCUCCCUCUGCAUUUAAGAUACUUCCUAACACACAAGGCUUUCUGCCUUUUUUCUACAAUUGCUGCAGUUUACUUGCUAAUCAUUUUCUUCUUAUUGCCAUCCCUUUACACCAGGGAAAAGUACUCUGUCUAGUCACAAAACCCCAGACUCUUCCUUUAUUUCCUGUUCUUGAUCCUUGGUGCUAUCGCGGUCUGUGCUGGGCUUGCCUCCACUAAUCACUGAUGUUGUUCACUCUAAUUUUGCGUCUUCUGUAGAGACAGCGCUUUCUUUUGAUCUAUCUGCCGUACUGAGAAAUGGUUCUCUGUGUUCCAAAUCCUCAAGGAACCCAACCACAGGCACGGCACACCCGGUCAAUGACCGGACUGGUCACACCUUCCUGACCCUGCCAAUCCCUGGCUUCACUGUCCGAGAACCAUGUCUGUCAUUCUGGCCUCACCCUCCGUUCCGGACCUCUGACAGGCAAGUCUCAGUGAUCUCUCAAGUUCAUUCUCAGUACCCCCAGAAAGAGCUGUUUUUCCUGUCUGUAAGCUUAGGUGAGAGGAAAUAACAUCCCUUUAUCUAUGGCCUCUUCCCUGAGUCCCUUUUUUUUCUUUAAAGUCCGCUGUCCUUUCAUUAUCAUCCUUCAGCCAGUGUUGCAUUGUAAGAGACAAAGUAAUUGUGCUCAUUAUCCAAAUUGCUUUCAUUCUUGUGGAAAAAUUCUGUUAAACAUUUCUAAAUCCUUUAUCAUUUGGUUUGCUCCACUACACUUGGAUUACGCAUGCAAAAAAAAAUCUAAUAUUGUAACCUCUUCUACAACUGAAGGUAAUUAUAUGGCAUUAUUAUAUAUAAAAAAAUUAAAUUCAGCAUUUAGAUGAGAUCAAUUCAAAGUCAAUGGACACUUGUGAUCUGCAAACUUGAUUUAAAAUGUGGACCACCUUUUGUUCACCUGUUGCCUGUGAGACUGUGAAGUAUGAAGUAUACUUGCAUAAUCACAAGUAACUCCAUUCCCGUAACAGUCAGCUCUGGUUCUGGGUGGGAAAGAGGACUCUAUCACAGCUAUAUUCACUACAUGCUACCCUUGAGGGCUAGAAACUUAUUUGAGAGUGACCACAUCCUGCAACACGGUUCUGUUUUUCCCAGAUACCAAGAGCGGCUGAGGAUGUGUGUAGUGUACCUAACUCAAGGUGUACGGUCAAAAAAUCAAAGUAUGGAGAAAAGCAUCUAUUUACAGUGUGAGAUUUGGAAGCAAUAAAUGCAAUGAUUAAAUAUACUGCUGAACAUGUAGUGUUACUUUUAAGUCUUCAUUUUCAGUGUGAUCGAAUCCAGUACUUGGAAACUCUUUUAUAUUUAGAAUUGAAACUAAAACCGUCUUCCAGUGGGCAGCUCUGGAGGGCACUGAAGAAAUGAAAAGUGUUGAAUUUAUAGGGAAGCAGGUUUCCAUCCAACCUAAGAAACAACUUUACUCCACAAAGCCAUAUUUACACGAAGACUAGUGGAACAUGGCAUGUGGCACAAGGUCAGCCCAAUUAACUCCUAUACAGGAGUGCACAACCAAAGAUUUCUAGGCUCUAUUUACACAUUUUGGCUCAACAGUUUUCUGACCUAGGACCCAUGACUUCCUCCUCCAAUUUAUUUAGCAUUUGGGCAUUCUAAGUAACUCGAUUCCACUGGUCCUGCGUACUCAGUUUCUACAGGACUUGAGUUUUAAACUCCAUCAUUUCAAGAGCAUUCUUGUGGGAGGGAAUUUGCUCUUUGUUCCUUUUUUUUAAUUACUCAGGAAAAAGUCUGUAAACGGUGCUGACAUUUACAGUGCACUGGUAAUAGGGAUUUUUCCUUCCGCCUACCAAUGGUGCACAUUUGUUUCACAGAGAAUAGAAACUGAAAGAUCAGUACCUAAAAUUUUCUCCUGAAUUUGUGAGUUUGCUGCACAUGUUGCUAUAUAGUUAAAUGUACUGAUUCUAGUUAAAGAUUAUGUGAUUUAAAAAGUAUCUUUAUAUCUUAAAAACCUACAUGUGUUUGUAAGUCAGUUCUAUUUGAUGGCACUAUGAUGCUUCAUCAGAUUUAAUAUCUGAAUAGGGAAUAUGCUCACGGGAUGAUACUCUUACACACUUAGCAAAAGAUAACUCUUCUAACUCCUAGACUCCUAUUCAAACUUGAAAGUCACCUUGCAAUCUGAUACAGCUUCUGGCCUGGUAGAGAAGCCCCCCUAAAUUCCAAAGCACCCUGAUGAUUUUUUUUCCCAUUUCUAGUUCAGUUCUUUCAGGAAGAAAGAGCUCAAUGCCUUCAUGUUUGAAAAGUUCUGUUAGAAAGUUCUCUUUGAUAUUCAAAAUGCUGUUGCCUCCCCGCAGUAACUUCCAGCCCUUGGUCCUAGGGAGCUGUCUCCACAAGUAUUUCAAAUAGUAGUGGGUCUCCCCUUCCUCUAAAAUCAAGGCCUCAUUUUCCUUCUUGUUCAAAUGCUUAUUAACACCUUAAAACCUGCCACAAUGGCCGGGGUUACAAGCCUUUUUCGUGUACAGUUGCCUCAGAAAAUCUAUUGGCGGCUCUCGCCUUGUUGGUGGGUUGAGCCUGACCAGCAUUGCCGAAUCUCUUGAUAAUUCUGGCAUUAUUUAUUCCCUUAACCAGCUCUCUAGUUCUUAAACAUCUAAAUGUGAGCUGGAGCCUUGCUGGGUCUCUCUUCUUUUACCCCCACCCCUAACCCAUCAACAUUAUCACAAACACAAAUUUUCUAGGAAAGGAAUUCUAAAGCCAAAUUGUAAUAAGUCUUUCAAUCAUUUGUCAUUAGAUAGGGUCUUCAGACUCUUAAAGACACUUCUGAUAAAGACCUUAAAAAGUAUGGAAAAAUUAGAAAUCAGAGCAGUCACAUCCUUCGUGGUUACUGGGAAGACAAUCUGCUCACAAAUUAAUAAGGACCAGCCUAUGGUAUGAGUCUGGAGCUUCACCGAUGCUGUUGGCCCAACUGGAUAGAGCAUGGUACUUCCAUGAGACAAUGCCAUUGUUCGAUAACGCUAUGUAUGAAUCGGGUAGCAUUAUUCAUCCCAUUAACCUUGACAACAUUCCCUGCCAUAACUGUCUACUGGCUCAACAAAUUAUGCUGUGGGUUCCAAGGGUAACAAGGUUGCUGGGAUAACUCAAGAGUACAGUUCUCGGAGUAUCACGGUGUGGCGUAAGUAUUUCUUGCCUGUUUUCCUCAUUUAGUUGGAAGUUCUUAGGAAUAGGGGCAUAUAUUCAUCAUUUCUGGACCUGGCAAUUAGCACAGUACCUGCAUAUAAGUAAGACAUCCAGUAAAUGGACAUUCUGUUGAGCCAAUAUAUGAAGCAAAAUACAUUUGCUACAAUUAAAUUGUUACUGAGUGGGUCCCUUAUAACUGUACGUUUUGCAACUUAUUUUCAUGUACAAAGAAAAUUAUUUUGAUUUUAGGAUUUUACAUGAUCACGUUGUACUUUAGUUAUUUAUUAAUGUAUAUGUUAAUUCUUUUUGUAAUAUUUGCUAUCUUUCUCAUGUUCAAAGUCUGAGAAAAUUGGGUUAGAUAAUUUCUACCACAGGAGUUUUUGUUGGUAUUUAGAAAAGUAAGAAUGAAGGCCUUGUGGAGAGUCAGACUGCGUUACACAGUGCCCUGCCCAGCUACGGAGAACAUGUACAGUUGCAUAAUACAUGGGUAGUUGGUUCUUGAAAGUAAAAUUAUAGAUUCAAAGUCAUUUUUCCACAUAAUUUUUUAGUGCAUAGGGAUUACUUGUUCUCAGUGAAUUUUAAUUAUAAUGUCUAAUUCUGUGUUUCCUUUCAAAGGUAAUAAUAGAUAAGACAGUGACUGCAAAUUUCCUUAGGAGACCUGCAACCCUCUGUGUCCCCAGUUAAAGCAUAACAGAGACCUUCCCCCUUGGGGAGGUAGUGCUCCAAGCUACCGGAAUACCGGACUGGCACACACGAGUAAUUUUCUUCCUUUGCCUUGUAGUGGAAUGUGGGCUUUGCUGUAUGCUAUGUGAAAUAAAAUCAGAAGUUUUGCUUCAGGUCCAUGUGAA